UUUACAUGUCUAUUCACUACCGAAAUUCCAAACAAAGAAAAGAAACCCUUGUUAUUUAUGAUCUACUUCACUCCUCUCCUCUCAACACUUCACAAAAACUUGAAAGACAACACAAACUCUAAAAUUCUUCUGGAUCCAAAGCUUUUAACCAUGAACAUGUUCUCCUCCAAAGAAAUGCCCUCUCCGUCGUCGCUGUUCUCUGCCUACGCCUCCAUGGCGGCCUCGAUGAUGCUAUUUCGGUCCAUGGCCAACGAGCUCAUUCCUCAUCCGGUUAGGGGCUACCUUUUAUCUACCAUCAGAUACAUUUUCAAGACUCAUUCCCCUCAACUCACCCUAGUCAUAGAGGAAUCGAAUGGAAUAUCGCGCAACCAAGUCUAUGAAGCUGCAGAGAUUUAUUUGUGCACAAGGAUCAGCUCCAACACCGAGAGGAUCAGAGUUAGCAAGAGCCCCAAGGAGAAGAACUUGACAAUCCGACUCGAGAAAGGCGAGAAGUUGGUCGAUUUCUAUGAAGGGAUUCAACUCAAAUGGAGGUUUGUUUGUGCAGAGUCACAACAGGGGAACCGUAAUGAUCCAUUUUCUCCUCCGAGGUCCGAAAAGCGCUACUUUGAGCUAACAUUCCACAAGCAGUACAGAGAGAAAGUUUUGGAUUGUUAUGUGCCUUAUGUUCUUGAAAGGGCCAAUGCAAUGAAUGUUGAAGAAAGGGCUUUGAAGAUGUACACACUGAAUUCAAACCAUUGCAUCAAAUGGGAAUCCAUCAAUCUCGAACACCCUGCAACAUUUGAGACUCUGGCCAUGGACCAAAAUCUCAAGAAUGCGGUUAUCGAUGAUCUUAACAGGUUUGUCAGGAGGAAGGAGUUCUACAAGAAAGUAGGAAGGGCGUGGAAACGAGGGUACUUGCUGUAUGGUCCUCCGGGCACUGGAAAAUCGAGCUUGAUCGCAGCCAUGGCUAAUUAUCUCAAGUUUGAUGUCUACGACUUGCAGCUCACUAACAUAUUUCGGGAGUCGGACCUGAGAACCGUGCUGCUGGGCACCGCGAACAGGUCAAUUCUUGUGAUUGAAGACAUCGAUUGUAGCGUUGAUUUUCCCGAUCGUCAACAUACAGAUGGAAGAAGGCAGCAUGAUGCACAGUUAACACUCUCUGGACUACUAAACUUCAUAGAUGGCUUAUGGUCUAGCUGUGGAGACGAGAGGAUCAUAAUUUUUACCACUAACCACAAAGAAAGGCUAGACCCUGCGCUUUUACGCCCAGGCCGCAUGGACAUGCACAUUCAUAUGUCCUACUGCACAUUCCACGGAUUCAAACUCUUGGCCUCGAACUACUUAGGCAUCUAUAACCAUCACCACCUCUUCGGAGAAAUCGAAGACUUGCUCAAGGAAACGGAGGUAACUCCAGCGCACGUUGCAGAAGAGCUGAUGAACGAAGAUGUUGAUACUGCACUCGAAGGGCUUGUCAAGCUUUUAAAGAGGAAGAAAUUGGAAGGCGAUGAAUGUGAGGCGGAGGCUGAGAAGAAGCCUUCAGCAAAGAGGCAGAAAUUGGGAAGCAACACAAGAAAUCUGUGAGGAAUAACAGAAGUAUCGCCACAAACAGAAGCAGCAACCGUUUGUCCGCUAAAAAACCCAUUUUCUAUUAGACCAAUCAUCUGUUUAGAACGAGAUUAUCUCUAAUCCUAUUACGAAGAGACUGCUGCUAGAUUUUGGGGCUCAGUUUCACUACUAGCGUAACAUAAAUGAGUGCGGUCAUGUAAAUAUUAAUGGAUAAUAUUUUCUUUAAGCUC